GAUGACUUUUGGACCUGUUUUGAAUGGUUUUAGCAUAACACACAGUCAAAAUAUAACGGCAAAGAGCCAACUAGUGCAUCUCUGUUUUGAGAACAUCGACUGUCAACACCGAGAAGAAGAGAUGUCCUCCCAGGUCCGACUGCGGCUGCUGCCCAGAGCCAGAUGCAUGUUCGACGAGCCGCUCCAGGUGAAGGUGGCCGGGCUGAGGUCCAGACAGGUGGUCAACCUGAGAGCCAGAGCCACGGACGAGAAGGGAGUGAUGUUCAGCUCCAUGGCCACAUACAAGGCUGAUGGGAGUGGGGAGGUGGACCUACAGAGAGACCCCUCCCUCAGCGGGACCUACACCGGGGUCCAGCCCAUGGGCCUGCUGUGGUCCAUGAGGCCAGACACCUUGCACAAAAGGUUCACAAAAAUAUGUUCACUGAACCCCCAGGUGGUGAAGUUCUCUGUGCACGAGGAGGAGGGCGGGAUGCUGGCGGAGGCGACCAAUGAGAGGCUUCUGGUUGGAGACGGGGUCAUCCGGCGCCCGGUGAAAGAUGGGAAUAUUCGUGGAGUCCUGUUUACUCCCCCAGGAGAGGGUCCGUUCCCCGCUGUGUUGGAUCUGUACACUUUUGGUGGAGGUUUGUCAGAGAAAAGGGCCUCUCUGCUGGCCAGCCGGGGAUUUGUGGUUCUGACUGUAGCGCUGUACGGCUACGAUGACAUGGCGAAGAACAUCAAAGAGGUCCAUCUGGAUUAUUUUGAAGAAGCAAUAGCGUUUUUAAAGAAACAAGAUAAGGUUGGCAGUAAAGCAGUCGGUGUAAUAUCCAUUUCUAAAAGUGGAGAUCUUGCCCUAUCAAUAGCCUCUAACCUGCCAGAUGUUGGAGUCACGGUGUGGAUCAAUGGCUGCUCUGCCAACACCAUGUUACCCCUCUACUACAAUAAGAGCCAGAUCCUCCCCGCGUUAAUGUUUGACCUGAGCAGGAUGAUUCCCACAGACUCAGGGGCCUUUAACUGCAAAUAUGUGAUGCAAAAUGCACUGGCAGAGGAGAACAAAGCCACCCUGAUCCCCAUCGAACGAGCCGAGGGACGCUUCCUCUUCGUGGCUUCGGAGGACGACCUCAACUGGGACAGCAAGGCCUACAUGGAGAACAUGGUGGAGCGACUGCAGCGACACGGGAAGGACAACUUUGAGAGUGUGUGUUACCCCGGAGCGGGACAUUACCUGGAGCCUCCGUACGGGCCCUACUGCCCCUCCAGUGUCCAUGGGGUUGCAGGCAAGCCGGUCCUGUGGGGGGGGGAAGCAACGUCCCACGCAGCAGCUGAAGUCCACCUGUGGAGAAAGAUCCAGGAGUUUCUCAGGACUCACCUGAGCUGUGAUGCUCCGCAGACUAAAGCCAGAUUAUAGACAGAAAUAUCAUCAUAUAGAUAAACACACGGAUAACUGUAAAUAAUUGUACAGCGAAUCAUGUCAUGUUUGAUUUGAUGAUAGUUGAAGCACUGAGAGAAAGACAUGCUUAAUUUGUUGCCUUAGAUUUGUAAAUGUACUUAUCUAUGCUUUUAAGAAAGUGACAUGGCUGUGUGUGGAUGAGUUGAACAAUGAUUGAAACACAUACAAUUAUAAAGACUUUUCAAUCAA